AAAUUCACAAAAAUAUGUGCAGCUAAUUGAAAUUUUUUUGGUGACAUCUUGAAACAAUAAUCAACCCAACAAAUCAACGCCUACAAAAUAAUUGUUUAAAAUUUAUUAAACGGACACCAAAUUCACUCGAACCAAGGCCACCGCCGUCGCCACCGCCACCGCCACAAUGGAGCACAUUAUGAACACGUUUAUGUCGCCCGCUUAUCUGCUGGGACACCCGCAUGUUCAUCCCCAUGCCCAUGCCCUGCCCCAUCCCCAUGCCCACGCCCACGCCCAUGCCCAUGUCCAUUCGCAUAUCGGCGCCAAGUCGCCAGCCAGUUCACCGGACGCAACUGGAGCUGCUGCUACAAAUGGAACGGCAACUGGAAGUGGAACUGGAAGUGGGUGUGGAACUGGUGGCGUGAACAAAGUGAACACAAAUUCGCACUCAAGCUCGAAGCCAAAGCGCUGGGGCUCGCCACCGAUCAACUUGGCUGGUCAAUUCAUCAAUCCGGCGACGGGUAAGAAGCGCGUCCAGUGCUCGAUCUGCUUCAAGACCUUCUGCGACAAGGGUGCGCUCAAGAUCCACUUUUCGGCGGUGCAUCUGCGCGAGAUGCACAAGUGCACCGUCGAUGGCUGCAACAUGGUGUUCAGUUCGCGACGAUCGCGCAAUCGUCACAGCGCCAAUCCCAAUCCCAAGCUGCAUUCGCCGCACAUUCGCCGCAAGAUUUCGCCGCAUGACGGACGCACCGCUCAACAGUUUCCCGUGUUUCCGGCGGCUGCUGCAGCUGCCGCUGCGUUUCCGGGUCUGUUGCCGCCGUCGCAUCCACACCAUCCACACCAUCCACAUCAUCCGCAUCAUCCACACCAUCCGCAUCAUUAUGGACCGGCGGCGGCUGCAGCUCAUGCCAUGUUCGCCGGCCAGUCUGGCUUGCAUAAUCUUGGCCUGCUCGCUGGCCGGGCGCACCACGAGCGCAUCUUUGCGGAUGUGGAUGUCGAUGCAGAUGUCGACGCGGAUGUCGAUGCGGAUGUCGAUGCGGAUGUGGAUGCGGAUGCGGAUGCCGAUGAUGAUGGUGUCUAUGUGUAUGUGGACAUGCAUGCGAAUAGCUCCAGUCCAGCUAGUCAGGAGUGUCACAGCGAUGUGGAGGCGGAUGCGGAUGCGGAUGUCGAUGCGGAACUGCAUUGCAGCCUGAGCCUGGCCAGCAAUAGCAUGAGUCACACCAGCUACGACGAGGAGAUGCCCAGCACCGAGCAGCCCCUCGACUUCAGUCUGCACAAGCGUCGCGAACCGGAAUCGGAACCGGAGCCGGAACCGGGCCGAGUGGAAUCAGCAGCUGCAGCAGCAGCAGCAGCCGAGUCAAAACUGGAGCUAGUCGAGUAUCGCAUGAAGCGUUCGCCAACUCCCUGCGCCGGCAGCGGCUUCUCCAUGGAUCGGCUGCUCGGCAAGCGGCGGCGUCACAACAGCUGCAACUCCACCAAAUCGCAGGAGUCGGCGGCAACAGCCGCAAUCAAAAUGGAACUGCAACUGGAGCUGGAUGCCGAUGGCGAUGCCGAUGCCGAUGGCGACGGCGAUGGCGAUAGUCGUGGCGAGUCGAUGGGGCACAGUGAUCACGGCGAGCACGCGCACGACUUGUCGACGCCGCAGAACAACCGAAAACACCUGCCGACCAGCUGCUGCUCGCCUCCAGUCGCCUCCUCGCCAGCAACCGCAAUGAGCCCGAACUCUAACCACAUGAUUAGCGCCGGCUGCGGCGGCUCCAGUUCGGUUAAUGUGCUGGCGCCAUCGCCGCCCGGUUUGCUCUUUGGCAUGGAUCUGGAGGAGCAGCAUCAUUUCCGUUUGCUGCAGACACAAAUGCUUGCGGCCGCUGCGGCUGCGGCGGCAGCCACAAGCAGCGCCGCACAGUCGCCGUCGGGCGCUGCCGUCGCUGCGCCGUGGAAUCUGCUAUCCGAGGUCUAUCGCACCAUGCUGCUCGGCAGCAGCAGCAGCAGCAGCAGCAACAGCAGCAUCAGCAGCGGCAUCAGCGGCAUUGGCAACUUGAAGGCGCCACAAGCGGCGCCAACGACGCCGCAGUCGGCGCAGUACAGCGACAUGCCGCCCACCAAUGCCGCCAUCUCAGUCUAAGAGUCUGCCCCCUCCCCCCCCCCCCCACUCGCUUUGGAUGCCACAUCGGGCACAUCCUACCGGAUCCUCGUGCAAACAGUUUGGCAAUUAGAAAAUCUUUCAAAUCUUGUAUAAAUUAGAUGUUUUCCCCUCCCCCUAUUUUUUUUUGUAAUUGAAAUCAAAAUUGAAUUUGUAAAAAGGAUCUCGUUUCUAGGAUCUGAUUGAUCUGGAUUGGGAUUUUAUCAUAUGAAUAAUAUACAAUGCUGGCUGACAGUUCCGAACUUAGCUUUUCAACUCGUACUUGUGUUAUAUACAUAUAUAAAAAUCCGUUUUUUUU